UUCCUGGUUUUAACAUUACUAACUAGCUAUCUUUUGGAGAGCAGCAAGGAAUACUGUUUUUUUUAAGCCUCAAGUGACUGACAGUGAUGCAUGGGACAUGUUAUUGACAGCCGUUGGAAAGAUUCUGAAUGGGAGGGCUUGCUUCUGAGAACUGACUGCAGCCACAAAUCACCAGUCACAUUUUCCCUGCAGCUGACCCGACUGCAACUACCAUUAUUCCAGCCCGUAAUUAACCUGACAUGUCUCAACCGAAGGAGUCAGGCGAUCGUGGGAAAGACAGGGAGCGGGGCGCCCGUCCCAAGGUGAGACAGAGCCGGUCUGAGGAGAGAAGAGAUGCCGGUGGAAGAGGAAAGAAAAAAGGCCAUACGUCCCGUGAGCAGCAAGCUGCGGAGCGGCCUGUCAGCGAUGGGUUUGAGUAUGGGGAUCUGCUGACUGGUCUAGAGCCCAGGGACCGCUGCUCCUCCUCUCCCCUGAAAGAGGGCAGGAGAUGGCAGGGCCAGGAGGGGGUCACUUCUCUCAGCCAGGACAGGGGGACAGCCAGGCUGGCACUGGGGUCACUUGAGCCACCAGCCAGUGAGGCUGAGGGCAGGGGGGCAGGUGGCAGUCGCACACUCCGCCAAAAGAUUCAGGAUGCCAUGGGGCAGUGUUUCCCCAUAAAGACCAACACUCCAUCAUCGUCCAGUUCCACUCAGCAGGUCUUCAUGCCACAAGCUGCAGCUGCUGCCUCCUCGCGCCGCAAGAUCCACCUUAGUGAACUCAUGUUGGACGACUGUCCCUUCGCUGCAGGCACCGAGCUGGCUCAGAAGUGGUACCUCAUCAAGCAGCACACAGCCCCCAUCUCCACACCUCCUAUAGUGGACACCUUGGUGGUCAGCACUAGUGCCUCUGCCUCAAACAUGGCCGCCGUGGUGGAGGAUGUGGAUGACCGGUUACGAGAGCGCAGGCGCAUCAGCAUUGAACAAGGCGUAGAGCCACCUCCCAACGCAGAGAUCCACACGUUUGAGGUGACGGCCCAGAUCAACCCGCUGUACAAGCUGGGGCCCAAACUGGCCCAUGGUAUGAAUGAGCUUGCAGGGGACGACAGGGCUACCAUUCACCAGCAACAGCAGCUGCUUCUCCAGAGGCAGCAGCAGCACCAGCUCCUGCUGCAGAGCUGUCUGGACACUCUGGAUGAGGCAGUGGCUGUGGCUGCCACCUCUUCUGCCUCAGCGUCUGCCUUGGUCCCUGUCUGUGAGGCUGCUUCUGUCCCUGACCCCGUGGAUGACCCUCAGGUCACAGCCAGGGUCCAGCCAACCAGAGCUGCCGUCCCCCAGGCUGAGGGUCCCCCUACUCAGGACGGCUAUCGCAUCCACACCCAGAUCGACUACAUCCACUGUCUGGUGCCUGACCUGUUGCAGAUCACUAACCUACCCUGCUACUGGGGUGUGAUGGACCGCUAUGAGGCCGAGACUCUGCUGGAAGGCAAACCAGAGGGCACCUUCCUCCUCCGCGACUCAGCCCAGGAAGACUACCUCUUCUCCGUCAGCUUCCGCCGCUAUGGCCGCUCGCUGCACGCCCGCAUCGAGCAGUGGAACCACAACUUCAGCUUCGACGUGCACGACCCAAGUGUGUUCCACGCGCCCACCGUCACAGGGCUGCUGGAGCACUACAAGGACCCCAACUCCUGCAUGUUCUUUGAGCCUCUGCUGUCCAACCCCAUCCACCGCACCCUGCCCUUCAGCCUGCAGCACGUGUGCAGGGCGGUGAUCAGCAGCCGCACCACCUAUGACGGCAUCAACGUGCUGCCCAUCCCCAACACCCUGAAGAAACACCUGAAGGAGUACCAUUACAAGCAGAGGGUGAGGGUACGGAAGAUGGACACCUGGUGGGAAUAACAAAGACCUUCUGGUGGAAGUGAACCACAACUAGGCUACUAACUAAACACUCAAUGGAGGCGGGCCUCGCUCAGUGGACAACCAGUUGACUCACUCCAUUUAAAAAAAUAAUAACAUAUACUUACCUACUGCAUUCACUGUAUACCUAGAUACCUGUUUUAUUUAUUAUUUGUCGUAUAUGACGUCUUACACUUGUCUCAAACUCUGGAUAUAAUGUUAAUUCAAUUACGAUGCACAUACACAUUUUUCUUUACUCACAAACUUCAGAAGUAUGGUAAUGAUGCACCAUGUGUGAGGGGAUGUAUCAAUUAUUUGGGUUGAUGUGAACAGAAUCCAGGCUGGUUUGGUGGAUGAGUUAUGGAGCACAUACAGGUUUAAUAAUGGGUCAGUUAAUUACCAUUGCCAAAUGUAGGCUACUGGAAACUAACAGAUGUGACUGUAUAUGAAUGGAAAACUGCUGAGGACCUGACUGGUGGUAUAAACCAUUUGCAAAUACAUUUUUACAAA